CUUGGGUCCGGUGGAAACCUAUAACCACCGCUUGAGUUCCAGUUCCAGCUCCAGAUUGGCAAUGCAGCUUUCAGCAAGAUUGGAUAUUUAGGGAAUCUUUCACAAGCUGUAAUAAUCGCAGCGUCCAUAAACCGAUUCCACCAAAUCUUAGUAACUGUUCCGGAGGGAUGAAAUCAUUUAUGUCCCUUUAGUUGACGGUGUGUUCACAUUUUAACGAGAGGGAAACAUGGCGGCGUCCUUGAGUUUCACAGGGAGCGCGAGGCUGCUGACUGCUUUGGCCCGAUCUAGUGCGCUGCACAAUUCCUUUGAAAGCAGGAGCUUCCAUGCAACAGCGGUGUGCUGCAAGAACCGAGCGGCUCGGAUCCGAAUUGGCAAAGGAGACAAGCCGCUGACAUACGAGCAAGCGCUUCAUCCUCAUCAGAUCGCUCACCGCAAAGGAUGGCUGUCUCAGCACGCCAGUAACCUGAAGGGAGAGCAGGGUGCGGCGGAGCGGACCGUGGAGGACGUCUUCAUCCGGAAGUUCAUGUUCGGGACCUUCCACGGUUGCCUGGCCAACGAGGUGGUGAUCAAGCGCCGUGGAAACGUGCUCGUCGUGUGCGCGCUGAUGCUCCAGAAGAUGCCGCCUCAGAAGUUUUACUUUUUCAUCGGAUAUUCCGAGUCGCUGCUGUCCCACUUCUAUAAAUGUCCGGUGAAGUUAGAGAUUCAGACGCUGCAGGAAAAAGCCGUGUACAAGUACGUCUGACAGAACGAGCGUGUCGUUUGUCUUUGAGUCCUCUUAAAAUAAAAACGUUUAAGAACGGAGCAUUGGACAAAACUGUCCAAUGAUGUAUUAUGUCUUUUGUAUUUUUUAAUUUGUAACUGGAGCAUAAACCUUGUUUUUAUGGCAUCUGCAUUAAAUCAAAAAUGUUCAGACUGA